ACUACUACUACUACAACCACAACAACUACUCCUACUACUACAACAGAAAUACAAGCAUCCAGAGAUCCCCGCUGCCCUGAUAGAUUCACUUUCUCUGGCGGCCUCUGCUUCAAAAUAUUCCCCUACGAACAACGCCACAGAGAGGCCGUGAUGAAAUGUGGGAAAGAAGGUAACAACGGCCGCCUACCUGUCCUGAACACCAAGGAGAAAUUUGAAGCUUUACGAGAGGCUCUCAAAUCAGCUGGGAGAUCUGCGACCUACUGGGUUGGUCUUAAGAGUCUCGGUGGCCGGCGCAUGAUCUGGGAUGAUGACAGUGCUGUGGAGAAAAGCUUCUGGGCCCCAGGCGAGCCGAACAACUCGAAGGAGAAAUGCGGUGACAUGAGGACAUCGCUUCAUUACAAGCUCAAUGACGUACCUUGCUCGCCCUACAAGUUUAAUUUCAUUUGUGAAAUCCCCCUUUAAACACGCUUUCACUAUGCUUGUAAGUUGAUGACAUUCUGAGUAAAGGUUAGAAGAAUC